AUGCAUCAUCCUCCUCUCUCAGAAUCAUUAAACGUGGUACCUUCAAUGAAUGUAGAAAUCGAAAUUCCUUCAUCCGUAACGAGCAUUGGAAUGUGGGCCUUUGAGGACUGCCAGUCAUUGGCAAAAGUUCAUUUUCAUCAUCAUAAUCAUCAUGAGGAUGGUGCUGGUGCUGAUGCUGGUUCAUCAUCAUCAUCAUUGGCUACCAUGGGAGAUAUGGCCUUUGCUGGUUGCAAAUCUUUGACUCAUAUCAGCAUUCCCUCUAGUGUGGAGAUCAUUCGAACUGCGGCAUUUUGUCUCUGCAUGAAUAUUCACGAAAUAGGAAACUUGAGGGUGAUUGGACAGAAUGCUUUUGAUGGAUGUGUCAAAUUGAAGACGAUCAGCAUCCCUUCCACUAUUGAGCGCCUUGCAAGAAAGACAUUCCAGAACUGCGAAUCUUUGUUGGAAAUCAAGUUCCAAAAUGGUCUCAAAUAUGUGGAAGACAGUGCCUUUCACUCAUGCAAGAAUUUGCAAUCGGUUGCGUUACCAAAGUCGGUAGAAGUGAUUGGUACUCUGGCGUUUGGACAAUGUUCCAAGUUGGUGUCCGUCGAAUGGGUGGGAGCGUGUAGUAGAGGUACGGAGAUACAGGAUGACGCCUUUGCGGAAUGCAAGUCUUUAAUAAAUAUUUGCCUUUCCGACGAUGUCCAUUCCGGCGGGGUGAGUGCCGGCAGCUUUCGAGGCUGUACAGCGCUGGAGAAUCAAUACGGCGACACGAAUACUAUUUCGCUUGCCCUGACGCAUCGUUUCGAGGACUUUCCGGUACACAACAAAUGUUACCAUGCCUCUGUGACAACAGCAGAUGAGCUGGCCCGGGAGAUUGAAUCGUUAAUGCAAUCGUCGUCGCAGGGCAAUGAUAUCUGCGAUCGUUUGGUAGAUCCUUUCGGUAUGACACCCUUUCACAUUCUACUAUCGGCUGCAAACUGCAAAAUCGAUCUUUUGCAAGUUCUACUAGAUGCAUAUCCAGCACAUGUUCUUGGAUGGAAAGACGUGAACGAAAAGAACGCCGUUGAAUACUUCUGUCAACGAAGUUACCAUCUGUCUGAAGAUUCACAACUCAUCCUACAAGCGACCCUUCAAAGAUGGUUAGUGGAUUCAAUAUCGAGUUGGAAUGCUGGGUUGGAAGCGUGGACACUGGACAUGGCGAAUAGGAUGAAUGCAAUAGUUGCUGAAAGUGAAUUGACUGAAAGACAAUCUUUGCUUCAGGAAGCAUCAAUCGUUCUAUCGCGGUACGAGCGCAUGGAAGCUACAACGUUGUUAGAGUUGUCAUGA